AAAGAAAGAAAAGAAACAAACACCCCCCCCCCCCCUCUCUUCUUCUUCUUUCUCCUUUCAUUGUAGCCCAAUCUUCAAAACUCAAAAUCAAGCAUUACCCAUGUGAAAAAAUCCAAUCUUUAGUAAUAAAAAUCAAGACUUUGUGAAUCUUUGUGUGAUUUUGAGAUGCCUAGACCAGGCCCAAGGCCUUAUGAGUGUGUUAGAAGAGCAUGGCACAGUGAUAGACAUCAACCCAUGAGGGGUUCUCUUAUUCAAGAAAUCUUUAGGGUUGUAAAUGAGAUCCAUAGCUCAACAACAAGAAAGAACAAAGAAUGGCAAGAUAAGCUGCCAAUUGUUGUUUUAAAAGCUGAAGAAAUCAUGUAUUCUAAAGCAAAUUCUGAGGCUGAGUAUAUGGAUCUUGAAACCCUUUGGGAUAGAGCUAAUGAUGCCAUUAACACCAUAAUUAGGUUGGAUGAAAGUACUGAAACUGAUGUGUUCUUGCAGCCUUGUAUUGAAGCGGCUCUUAAUCUGGGUUGCACACCGGUGAGGACAUCAAGGAGUCAACGCAACAACGUUUCGACGUAUUACCUUAACAUCAAGAACCCAAAUCCGAAUGUCUGUCCUGCAAACACUUUAAAGAAAACCACCCAAGAAACUCCUAUGACAAUCGCUCCGUUCGCUUCUCAUUAUUCCCAAAUGUUCAACUUGUCGAUGUUCAAUCCGAAACCUCAAAUCCCAAUUCUCCCGAACGAUAAAUGUCUUAGAAACAAAUUCUGUUUCGCAUCUCCACCGAGCAGUACUAAAACACCUUCAGUGUAUCCGUUAUAUUACGGGAACGGUAUUCACGUCAAGGAUCCCAAGAUCGGUUCCGGUGAGUUGAGACAAAACGGUGAAAUGGGGUUCGUUCAAAAACCGUCUUUUUGUAACCGCGUGCGUGAGAACAAUGUAACUCAAGGUGGUUUGAGGUACACGCGUGAAGAACAAGAACACUCGAGAGAGCACGAAUGUGAUUUGUCACUUAGGAUAGGUCCUAGUCAACCGAGUCAAUCUUUUGAUAUGGUCGAAAGCGACGAUUUUGACGUUGAGGCAAGAAUGAGGAAACGAAAGGCGGCGGUUAGUAACAACCUUUACGACAACUUACAGUUUUGCUGGAACCCGAACAACGCGAACAGCCCAAACGUUUCUUCUAAUGGCGGAUCGUUGACGAAUGCAGGCUUGUAGUAGGUUACAACUUUUGUUCAAGUAGGUCUGGUUUUUGAGUGUUUGCAACUUGCAAGUAGUGUUAACUUUAGUUUUGUACAUUUGAACCUUAUUUGCAACCUUGUACUAGUUUCUUGACUGAAGAAAUUUUGCUGUGUUUUUGUCA